CAUUAGAAGUGAAACUGAAUAGGUUGCUCUAACUGUCAAAUUAAGUUCAUUUGAUCAAAUCCGUAGCUUCGUUUCCGAGUAGAGUCCAAAUUCAUAAUUCUGAAGCGGACAAGCUAGGGUUUACUUUCAUUUCUCUUUCUAUUCUCCGUUCUCGUUAAGCUCUAGAUCACUCCUUCUGAUAUCCAAAGGUCUUUUGAAGAGUGGUUUAGGUUGAACUUGGACCAUAAAUAGCAUGAAUUACCUUCUUGGAGCUUUCAAGCCAGCUUGUAAUAUCUCCAUCACGUUUGCUGAUGGGAAAACUCGCAAGCAGGUUCCAACAAAGAAGGAAAAUGGUCAAACAGUUUUGAUUCCACUUUUCCAAAGUCAAGAAAAUAUUGCUGGAAAGAUCUCAAUAGAGCCAUUUCAAGGGAAGAAAGUUGAACAUAACGGCGUCAAAGUUGAGCUUCUUGGUCAAAUAGAGAUGUACUUUGACAGGGGCAAUUUUUAUGACUUUACUUCCCUAGUACGCGAGUUGGAUGUUCCUGGAGAAAUAUAUGAAAGAAAAACAUACCCAUUUGAAUUUUCUACAGUAGAAAUGCCUUACGAGACAUAUAAUGGGGUAAAUGUCAGGCUUAGGUAUGUUCUGAAAGUGACUGUCAGUCGUGGUUAUGCAGGAAGCAUCAUUGAAUACCAGGACUUUGUGGUUCGCAACUAUUCCCCACCUCCACCGGUGAACAACAGCAUCAAGAUGGAAGUUGGAAUUGAAGAUUGCUUGCACAUUGAGUUUGAGUACAACAAAAGCAAGUACCAUCUCAAAGAUGUGAUUAUUGGCAAAAUAUAUUUUCUUCUUGUAAGAAUCAAGAUAAAGAAUAUGGAUCUUGAGAUCAGGCGCCGGGAAUCAACAGGAGCAGGGGCGAAUACACAUGUUGAGACAGAAACACUAGCAAAAUUUGAGCUGAUGGAUGGAGCUCCAGUCAGAGGUGAAUCAAUUCCAAUCAGACUGUUCCUUAGCCCAUAUGAACUGACUCCGACACAUCGCAAUAUUAACAACAAAUUCAGUGUGAAAUAUUACUUGAAUCUUGUUCUGGUUGAUGAAGAGGAUCGACGCUACUUUAAGCAGCAAGAAAUUACAAUAUACAGGUUGCAGGAAAAUUCCUGAUCUAUUAUCAUGCUAGAACAGGUAUCUGAUCCCAUGAAAGGAGACCAGAAGAUUAACUGCCGCAUGACACAUUGUAAAGCUUUAAAGUUUUAAAAAUUAAGUUAAUAGGCCUGAAUCAGAAAAAGUAUUGUUGGAGCAAGGUUUCUGUUUUGGAUAUUUAAUUCAAUUGGCAUUGUAUACUUGCAGUCGCAGUUUCCAUUUUACACUGCUGAAAUCGUGUAAAUGAGCCACCUUUGGAUGUGAAAAAUUUGGAUUUACUCUUACAAUUUUAUA